GAACAUGGUAGAAGAAGUUCCGACUCCAGCGCCGGCCAAGGGCCCGAAGAAGGCAGCAGCCAAGCCGGCAACCAAGGCGGCGACAGGGCCGAAGAGGACCGGACCCAGCGUCCGCGAUCUCAUCGUCAAGGCUGUCACCACCUCCACCGAGCGGAACGGCAUGUCGCUGGCCGCCCUGAAGAAGGCUCUGCUGGCCGGCGGCUACGACGUACUGAAGAACAACUCCCGCGUCAAGGUCGCCGUCAAAGCGCUGGUGGACAACGAGGUGCUGCUCCAAACCAGAGGGACUGGCGCCUCCGGCUCCUUCAAGCUCAACAAGACCGCCUCCAAAAAAGCGAAGAAGCCCGCCGCCAAGCCCAAGAAGAGCCCGGUGAAGAAAGCUCCCGCGGCCAAGAAGCCCGUCGCAGCCAAGAAGACCGCGGCCGCCAAGAAGUCCCCGAAGAAGGCGAAGAAACCGGUGGCGGCGCCCAAGAAGGCGCCCAAGAGCCCGAAGAAGGCCGCCAAGAGCCCAAGGAAGCCGGUGAAGAGAACCCCGGUGAAGAAGGCUCCGGCGGCCAAGAAGGCUCCCGCAGCGAAGAAGGCUCCGGCCAAGAAGCCGGUGGCGGCGGCGAGGAAGGCUCCGUCCCGGAGAAAGUGAGCGGACACAGACCCGAACCCAACAAAAGGCUCUUUUAAGAGCCACACACCGAGACCCGAGAGAGCCGCUUCCUACCGUCACACUGAAUACAAUACUAACACAUGAUCUAUAUCACAAUACCUAAAACUUCUACAUGAUCUCCAUCACAAUACUUCCUACUUCUACAUCAUCUAUAUCCCAAAACUUUAUACUUCUACCUGAUCUCAAUACUUUACAGUACCUGGACUGUCUUACAUACUGAGCAGCACUUCGUACUUCAAGUUUCUAAUACUCUAUUUACACUGUUAAU